CACACACACGCUGCUCCACAACUGGCACUGAAAAAAAAAAGAAAAAAACCUCAGACAUGGAUGACCCACUCACAAAAUGGCUCCACAGUAGCCUAACAUCAACAACGCGGCAGGAACGGACAUUGUGGACUUGAGUGAGUCGUGAGUGUAAAAAUGAUGGAAAAACGACACCCGGAGCUUUGUCCUGCAAGUCCCGACGCAGAGUCCGGUCCUGGAAAGCGGGAGGACACCUCCAUAAUCUCCAGACUGAACGGAUGCAAGGAGGAUGAGGACCCGAGGAGGGAGGAGGGGGGAGAGGGGGGAGGGAGCUUCAAGGGGGUUGAGGAGACGGAUGACGUUCCUCUGCAGAACUCGAGCAACGGGACCAGCAUCAGCAUCAUCAUCAACGGCGUUGCCAAGGAAACUGCCUCUCACAACGCCCUUGACCUGAAAAGGGAAGUGCCGGUUAUCGAGCUCUCGAGGAGGGACGCUAUAAAAGCGGCGGAGCAGAGGAUUGAAAGCCAUUUGGUGCCGAUCACGGAACUUCGCAGACCUCCACCGCUGCCGCUGCCGCCGCCGCAACGAGACGACGCUCGAAUGGUCCAGCUGAGCCCAAACGCGUUUCCUGUCCCGGCCCGGACGAUGCUCUACAACCUGGCGCAACCUCUAGCCGCCAUCAACAGUCUCGGAGGGGAGUCUGAGCAGUACGGCAUGUACCCCAGCAACAGGGUAAAGCGCCGCCCGGCGCCUUACGAGGUUGAACUCGACGAGGGUAGGCGCAUUUUAGAUCUUUAUAAGUAUGCUGGUCAACCGAAGAUUGUGCGUCGGAUCUUCACUAAUAGUCGUGAACGCUGGCGGCAGCAGAAUGUAAACGGGGCGUUUGCGGAGCUUCGCAAACUCAUCCCCACUCACCCUCCGGACAAGAAGUUGAGCAAGAACGAGAUCCUGCGGCUCGCCAUGAAGUAUAUCAGUUUCCUCUCCAACCUUCUGGAGGACCAGGAUGGAGGGAGGAAUGUUGGCAGCACCACCGAUGGAGAGACAGGGCUGCUUGUUGGGGUUGGGGCUCAUGAUGGGGGCCCCCAGGGCGGACCACAUCAGGACACAGUGGUGGGCUUGGCGAGGGACGAUCUCCUGGAGACCAUGUCACCAGGCUCCAGCUGUGGAAGCCUGCCUGAUGGCGAUGGUGAGGGCAGUCCUGAAAGUUUUACGGAGGACCAGGACUCACCACCGGCUCCAAGAACUCUAACGGCUACACGUGGACCACCACUACAUCUAGCUGCUAGGGAUCUGAGGCGCAAUGGACGACCGUUAGAUGGCUCUAGUCGCCGAUGAUGCUGAUGCCAAUGACAUAGACAGAAAACCUGAGAAUGCAAGAGAACAAUGAGAUGGACCGUAAAAGAGAGAUGGAUACACUCAGGAUCCCAUUAGCUUUGAGUCUUCAGUGUAGAAAGGAGAUUCAGGCUCUACGUAGCCAGAUAGCGGUGUCCAAAAUGGAUCAUGAGUAUGUUCCUGCCUCCAUAACGACAUUUGUGGCAGUAUCGGUGGAUAGCUUGGUGUGGUUUUGAAUUUGACCCAACAAAAGACUUGUAAAUUCUGCAUGUCUCAUGUCUUUGACCAACCUGCAGAUAAGGACUCCCAAUAUUCUGUGUUAUGAAAGUCCAAAUACUGGAUAUCCUUAAAAAAAAAAUAACAAAAAACUAAGCAAACACAGCAAAACAAAAUAAUAUAAAACAAACAAUAAAGGAUUGUCAAUUUUUUAUGUUUAAAUUUUAAACCGUUCUUGAGUAUUGCUACCAUAAAUUAUGACAAGGCACAGCCAGGAGAGAUUUAGCAUGUCAGCCUGUCCUGAGAAUGCCGCAAGUCUCCGCUAUGGGUCUAAAUCUUUCAUCAGUGGGGAUAUUUAGUCCAAUUUAAUUCUGGCCAAAAAUUGCAAAGUGUGAAACAAUAACACACAUGUUUUUUGCCUUAGCUGGAGGCCAUAAUCUAAUAAAACAUUGGUCAUACCAUGCAGUUAUACCCAGUCGAUUUUCUACUGUAAAUAGCAUUAUAUUUCCACUACACAAUGUAUUGACAGUGACUCAAGUUCAAGUAAUGUGGUUAAGACGUACCGUAGUGUGUUUGUUAACGGGUUUACUAGCGAAUGUCUUUUAGAGGACAGGAAAGGAGAAGAGAUGAGAGGGAACUCAAAAUGUCAACUGAGAAAUUCAACGUAUUACAUCGAAUGUGGUACCAUUUACUUCUGUUGGUCUUUGGUGACGAGAAAAUCCCACCACGGCAGCAGACAGUCAAAUAAACAGUUUCACAGCCUGAAGAUGAAUAAAACUAUUUGAAUUUGCUGUGGAGGUACAAGACAUGCAGUGUUUCUUAAAGUGUACAAUAUAUGGGUCAUAUGAAAUCAUGAAAUGACUCAUGCAGUCCUUUUUUUAUAUGAAUGUCUAUGUUUCCGUGUUUU